UUGCCAUAGAAGCAAAUUAGCAAGUGCAUCUUGUGUGGAAUCAGUUAACAGAUUUAGACGAAUGGGGGAAUUUCUCUGGAGCACUCUUGAUUCAGAAAAAGAAAUACCAUCCAAGGACGAAGGACUCCAGAUGGAGGCGAUAGAAGAAAAGACUUAAAAGCCCCUAUUUCCAUACAGAAAUGAACAAGAAGAUGCAGUGUCAAGCAAGUACUGGAGAAGUAUCUGCAUAUCUGCUUUGCUGCAGCCUUGGUAUUUCUAAAAGUAAAGGUUGUGUCAGAAGAAAAAAGUGUCUUCCUAUUUCUCUAUGCAUGUCUGGCAUUGGACUGAAUGGAUCAGGAUUCUAACCUCCACAAAACCAGUUCAAAAUCUGAAGAAUGCAGAAGCUAGACUAUAUUCAGCAUCAACUGCUUUCGUCAAUAAUCCUAAUGCGUCAAUACCAUUGUCCGAAGUAUUGUCAAUAAGCCUUGGUUUUGUUUCUGACUUGUGCACAGUUUUUCUCCAAGUACCAGGUGAAAGUGAUGAAUUUUGCCAAGUGACAUAAAAUGCACUUAUCCAGUACAAACCUGAAGUUUCCUGCUGUUAAUGGGAAUCACCAUAAUGUCCAUGAAACAUGUGAACAGUUCAGUCAGCUGAAGAUGUGCAAACAGAGCAGGUCGUUCCGUCAUCCCUCCAAGACCUCCACAGUAAGGAAAGGCACCACUGGGCAAUCCUCUAAGAUGUUUAUUUGGACCAGUGGCCGGACCUCCACAUCUUACAGACAUGACGAGAAAAGAAAUAUUUACCAAAAAAUCAGGGAUCAUGAUCUACUGGACAAAAGGAAAACAGUCACGGCUCUGAAAGCAGGAGAAGAUCGGGCCAUACUCCUAGGACUGACUAUGAUGGUGUGCUCCAUUAUGAUGUACUUCCUCCUGGGAAUUACACUGCUGCGGUCAUACAUGCAGAGUGUUUGGACAGAAGAGGCUCAGUGCACGCUCCUCAAUGCAUCGAUCACAGAAGCAUUUAACUGCUCAUUUAGCUGCGGUCCAGACUGCUGGAAAAUCUCUCAGUACCCCUGUCUACAGGUGUAUGUUAACUUAACUUCUUCUGGGCAAAAGCUCCUACUUUACCAUACUGAAGAGACGAUGAAAAUUAAUUCUGAGUGUUCCUACAUCCCCAAGUGUGGCAAGAACUACGAAGAGUCCAUGUCACUUGUGAGUGUUGUAAUGGAAAAUUUCAGGAAGUACCAGCGCUUCUCGUGCUUUUAUGACCCAGAAGGCAUUCAGAAGAACGUGAUAUUAACCAAACUUUACAGUUCCAACGUGCUGUUCCAUUCACUUUUCUGGCCAACAUGCAUGAUGAUUGGUGGGGUUGCCAUCGUUGCCAUGGUAAAGCUGACUCAGUACCUCUCCCUCCUCUGUGAGAGAAUCCAAAGGAUCAACAGAUAAAAGCAGAAACUUCUCUGAGAUGUAUUUCAGCUAAAAUACUGUUUUUUCAUUCUUCACCAAAGAACCUUAAGUUUGUAACGUGCAAGUCUGUUAUAAGUUCGUUACUAUAUUCUUAUAAGUAGAGCAAUAAUGCAAAAGCUGUUCUAUAUGCAAACAUGAUGUUAUUAUUAUGCAGACAACAGGAAAAAAUACUGUUUUUGUUGGUUGUCUAUCUGAUCUCAUUUUAUGCUGGAAACUAGUACUUCUUUCUUUUCUACAGCCAAAAUAGGGCUCGGUGUGACCAUUUGCCAAGCUUUGUCAAUGAACACAUCAGCAUUUCAGUGUAACAUUCUGGGGAAAAUUCACCCCUGUGCAGAGGGCUAGCAAAAGGCCUGGGCAUCAUUUAUGUCCCAUUUAAUCCUCAGGGCGUACAAUGGAUGGCUUUGGAGGGAAUGAGGGCAACAAAAGUAUAGAACCAAUGUAUUUUUUGGUAAGAGAGUAUAGAAUGGAUGCAUAUAUACAAUUGAUAGCUUAAGUGGGACUUUCAUGUUGCUUGUGCUGGCUCUCCCUGGCAAGGGGAAAAUUUAACCCUUUGGUGUUUUAGGUCUUUUGUAAAACACCUUGGAGAUGGAUAUUUGCAAUAUGUUUUCCUCACAUCACAUCAUCUACAGAAGCUACAGCCAAAAACAAAGAAAAUUCAACCAAUUUCAUUUUCUACUCCAAGCUGAGCCCUAUUGCUGGAGAUGGGACCAGACACCUUAUGUAAAGGUUUAUUACGCAUUUGUCUUGUAUUUGCUACCAUAUCACUGUAAAGAAAAACAAAAACACAAUCAGCUAUUUUUUCAUUUUUUACUUCCAACUAUUUUAACUUUUUUUACUUGAUUAUAUAGAUAUAUAAAAAGAAAAAGCUAUAUUAUAUCUAAUUGUGUAUUGUAACUUGAUUUUUUUUUUUCCUUUUGACUAACUGGAAAGUGAGCAGUAUAACUCUUGUAUUUAUCACAUUCAAAGCCUGGAAAAGACCAUAACAUCAAGGAGCAGCGUGGAAUCUUAUCCAAUAUUCACACUGACAUUUCAAUCAGAUGGAGGUCUCUCUUGCUGUGACAUUUGUAUUGAAAAAAAUCUCCUCCACUUCACUAGGUCUAUUAAUUGAAUUGUUAUACAAUAAUCAUAAUAUUUCUGGAAAUUAUGAUUGUUAUGUAGUGCUGGCUGAAGUGACUUGCAUUCUAAAAUGUCCAGGUGUAAUAUGAGGUAUUGAAAAAAUUGAGAUUCAAACCAAUAUGUAGUCCUAGCUGUCAUGUAUGUUCCAUGGGGGCUUUACCAAUAUAAUUCCAUGCACUCUAUGUGCACAUCUUUGGCAUAAUUUAUCUUCCAUGUUGUUAUACUCUACAGACAAUCUCAACAUUUUUUACCUUGCUCCUAAACUGAAGGACAAAUCUGAGGCAGUCUCUCUGAUUACCCCAUGAACUUACUAUAGAAUAUUUAUAGAAAAUUAUUUACAGGUACAUUCAAAAGAAGGAGAUUCCACCUUUUUUUUUCUUUUUUGCCAAAAAGAUAGCAGAAGGAGAAAAUCCAGAGUCUUCUGUCUAUCUCAUCCAUAUAUAAGUACCUUCUUCCAUGAUGUAGUAUUGAAAACUUUGUGUUACAAGAUUUUACAAGUUGUACAAGUGUAGUCAGAGCUGUAAAAAUAAGUUCACAGCAGUGGAUUUAACCUGCAAUCUUGUAAUCCAUGGUAUGAUUUUUCUUAGGCAAAUAAAUUCCUGGGGGCUGGGGGGUAUA